AGUCGAACUUGGCAGCUUUUGCUUGCGUCUAGUAGACGACGCGUUGAUCAUUUUCGUGAAUGUAUUUUCGUGGUUUUUUAUUCAAACUAAAUCAAGCUAAAUUUCACUGGUGAUUAAUAAUUCAUAAAAGACAAAAAAAUAGCGUAACAAAUGGGCCGUUUUCGGAGCCGCAGCCGGGACAAAGAGAGGAGGCGUAGAAGUCGUAGCCGCUCAAGAAGUCGCUCCCCCCGCGAUCGAAGGGGCUGGGGUGGCGGAGGCCCAGGAAGAGAUAGAGGCGGAGGUGGAGGAGCCAGAGGUGGGCGCGGACAGCCGGGAGCAAAUCUACGAAAACCAAGAUGGGAUUUGAGUCGUCUUGAACCAUUUAAAAAAGAUUUUUAUGUACCUAAUGAUACUGUUCAAAACCGAGAUCCUCGUAUUGUCGAACAGUACAGAAGUGACAAGGAAAUUACAUUGAAGGGAAAAAACAUACCAAACCCAGUAUUUACCUUUGAAGAGGCCGGAUUCCCUGAUUAUGUACUCAAGGAAGUAAAGAGGCUCGGUUUUAAAGAACCAACAUCGAUUCAGGCGCAAGGAUGGCCGAUUGCCUUAAGUGGGCGAGACAUGGUCGGAAUAGCAUCUACUGGAUCGGGAAAAACCUUGUCUUAUAUACUGCCAGCUAUAGUGCAUAUAAAUAGCCAGCCAAAGCUGAGCCGUAAAGACGGCCCCGUGGCUUUAGUUUUGGCACCAACUAGAGAAUUAGCGCAACAAAUACAGCAAGUCGCUGACGAUUUUGGACACUCGUCAGGAAUUCGAAAUACAUGCCUUUAUGGCGGUGCGCCAAAAGGUUCACAAGCUAGAGAUCUUGAUGGGGGAGUAGAAAUUGUAAUAGCUACCCCAGGCAGGUUGUUGGACUUUUUAGAAUCUGGUAGGACUAAUUUAAAAAGAUGCACUUAUCUGGUUCUUGAUGAAGCAGACAGGAUGUUAGACAUGGGAUUCGAACCCCAAAUAAGAAAAAUUAUAGAACAAAUCAGACCUGACAGACAGACACUCAUGUGGUCUGCUACUUGGCCUAAAGAAGUGAAAAAUUUAGCCGAAGAUUUUGUCAAAGACUACACUCAGAUCAAUGUUGGAUCUCUGCAGCUUGCUGCUAAUCAUAAUAUUCUACAAAUUAUUGACGUUUGCCAGGAUUACGAAAAAGAAAACAAAUUAAGUACUCUGUUGAAAGAAAUAAUGGCUGAGAAAGAAAACAAAACGAUAGUUUUCAUAGAAACUAAGCGCAGGGUAGAUGAGAUCACGAGAAAAAUGAAGAGGGAUGGGUGGCCUGCCGUCUGUAUACAUGGUGACAAAACACAACAGGAAAGAGAUUGGGUUUUACAAGAUUUUCGAUCUGGAAAAGCACCAAUACUGGUAGCAACAGAUGUAGCCGCUCGGGGUCUUGACGUUGAAGAUGUUAAGUUUGUCAUCAAUUUUGACUACCCCUCAUGUUCCGAGGACUACGUGCAUAGAAUCGGCCGAACAGGUCGGAGGCAAAAGACCGGAACAGCCUACACUUUUUUCACUCCGAAUAACUCUAAUAAGGCAAACGAUUUAAUCCAAGUUCUGAAAGAAGCUAAUCAAGUCAUAAACACCAAACUCCUGGAGCUUGCCGACGGCAGGGGUAGUGGUGGUGGAGGAGGCGGUGGAGGUUUUGGAAAACACAGAGGUGGAGGAAGAAAUAGAUGGCGUUCAAAGGGUUGUGGACGUGGUGGUGGAAGGGAUCGCAGCUUCUCGAGGAGUCGAAGCCAUAGUCGUAGUCGUGAGAGGAAUGGUCGAGGCUCUCGGCGAAGCUACAGUCGGAGCUACUCCCGCAGUCGCAGCCCCAUAAAUAAUCGCACAGGCAAGUCCUCAGCCAGUCCCACCAACGGCAGGGGCUCUGUUCCACCCCCGACCCUUGCAGCUGUUCCCUGUUUGAAUUUACAGCCGCCUCAACAGCCUUCACCAACGUUGCCCUCCCAGCCUUCUCCGGUUUCAUGCACUCAGCCACCUCCUCCGCCUACGCCUUCCAUGUCUUCCGCAAUGGAAUCUAUGAGACCUCCGCUACCUUCCCAUGGCCACGUUGCAUAUGCGGGUGCCGGGCCACCCCCUCAUUUGAAUGUAAUGGGGGUGAUGGGGCUAGGAGAAGCUUCUCCUAUGCCAGGAAUGAACUUGGGAAACUUGGGAAAUAUUGGUGGAGGUUACCACCACCAGCACAGGGGUAACCCACCGGAAAACCUGAGCAUGGCCCCUCCUUCAAAUGUAGUUGGAGGAGGUGGUUACCCCAACAUGCCUCCCCCGACGUACUACCAGCCGCCUCCGCCGCCUUUGCAUCCCACCAAUGGCUUUCAUCAUUAGCUGCGGUCCUCCUGCUGUGCUGCGUGGCCACAAGAAGUUAUCGGGAAGAGCUACUGGAGCAGCGAAAGAUGAUCCACAGUUAGCGGUUUGCAAUAAAAUUGCUACUCGGUGAGCUCACAGUAUCAUCUCAAUCCCUGCACGACGACCGAGGACCGAGAAACAGUAAUGAAGUCUAUUAUUUGAAAAUACAAGUGACUCGUAAAUUUUAACCCAUUAACGCAUUUUAAUAUUUGAAAUAGCAGAAAUUUCAAUUGUAACGUUCAUGUCACAAUCACGUAAACCUAUAGGCAACUUAAGUUUUAUUUUUAAUCGACUCGUAGAAUGAUAGAGAAUAAAUUAUCUGUGUUCACUUGCUGCUCAUUCCUCUGUAAUUUAUAAGUCUAGCAAGGAUUCAUUAAUCAAUGUACAGUAUUUAACGUGAAUAUUAUAACAAAUAAAAUUUGUUAGUCAUA